CAAGAGUGUUCUUUCCUAUUGUUCAUUGAUGAUUCACAUUAGAUUCACAAGGACACGACAGAUUUGUGAAUAAAAUGUUGAAGUUGGCAAGUCUACUACUAGUUCUGGUGUCCUUACACGGCUUGCUUGCUGAUAAUUCUGAAUCUGCACAUCUGUUAGUGUCAAAACGAGUUCUCAACGAGUAUGUUGUUGAAGGUCGAGAUCUAACCGUCAGUUAUGCAAUAUACAAUGUGGGUUCGAGUCCUGCAACCUCCGUCCUGCUGGUUGACGAAACAUUCAGUCCUGAUGAAUAUCAAAUAGUUGGCGGUCAAUCCACUAUUGGCUGGCAGAGCAUUGCGCCUGGAGCCAAUGUUUCCCAUAACCUUAUUCUUAAACCCUUACAUUCGGGUGUCAUCAAUAUUACAUCUGCUGUGGUAACAUAUCAGCCUAAGGAGGAAGCUGAACAACAGAUCGUAUAUUCAACUACUUUUGGUGAAGCAUAUGUCAUGGACUCAAAAACCUUCAACAGGAGACAUGCACCACAUAUUCUUGAUUGGGGCAUUUUCGGUUUGAUGACGAUCCCCACAGUUCUCUUUCCUUAUUUCAUCUGGUAUUCCACACAUUGCAAGUAUGACGAAUCGAAAGGAAAAAAACAAUGAACUCAAAGUAAUACUUAGAAUUUUUUACUUAGUGUGAAGUAUUUUAUUAAUAAAUGUUUCAUGGGAACGUA